AGGGCUGUGUCCUCCACCUGCACAGGGGAACGGGGCACGGAGGGGGCCGGGCCUCUGACACAAAGACAGGCCUAGCACGUCCAACCAGGAACCCUUUUCUUUCUUUGUUGGCUCCCUUUCAGCUUUGGAUCGCUGCUCGGGUCUCUCCGUCUUCUAUUCUUGUCGGUGUGCACAAGUACCAGACAUCACCCCCCCCCUCACGCAUCCAGUCCCCCACGGCCAGCUUGGGGUCAUCGUCUGUCUCCGCCGCCGCCGCCACACCACUCAGCUACCGUUCCUCUUCACCGCUUCCCACACCCGCUACACACAGACAAGACUGCAUGACGGCCGCCGCCAAACGUUACAAAUACCUUCGCCGGCUCCUGAAAUUCCGGCAGAUGGAUUUUGAGUUCGCCGCCUGGCAGAUGGUCUACCUCUUCAUCGCGCCGCAGAAAGUCUACCGGAACUUCCAGUAUAGAAAACAGACGAAGGCACAGUUUGCGAGGGACGACCCGGCCUUUGUGGUGCUGCUGUGCAUGUGGCUGUGUGUGACUUCGGUGGGCUUCGCGCUGGUGCUGCGGCUCAGUAUUGCCAGCUUCCUCACCUUCCUCGCCUACACCGUCUGCGUCGACACCCUGGCUGUGGGCGUGGUGGUGGCAACACUGCUGUGGCUGUUCACCAACCGUCGCCUCAUCAAACCCACCUGCCGGGACCAGGAUGUAGAGUGGGGGUACGCUUUCGACGUCCACCUCAACGCCUUCUUCCCUCCACUCCUCAUCCUCCACUUCUUCCAGCUCUUCCUCUACCACGUGUUCAUCAGCCAGGACUGGUUCGUGUCACGCCUCUUUGGUAACCUCCUGUGGGUGUUUGCGAUUGGCUACUACAUCUACAUCACCUUCCUCGGCUACAGUGCGUUGCCAAUCCUGCAGCAGCCACGGGUGUUCCUGUACGCACUGCCCCUGCUGCCGCUGCUGCUGGCGGUCACCCUGCUCAUGAGGGUCAACCUGUGCACGGUGCUCAUGGACUUCUACCACUACCGCGUACUCUGAAGGGGGAACAAUUGGUGACUCUCUCUCUCUCUCUCUCUCUCUCUCUCUCUCUCUCUCUCUCUCUCUCUCUCUCUCUCUCUCUCUCUCUCUCUCUCUCUCUCUCAAUAUCAAGCAGUAUGUCGGCCAAACCUAAUGCAUAUUUUUCUCACACACACACACACACACACACACACACACACACACACACACACACACCAUUUAUUCUUAUCAAUGAUUCGUUUUAAAAAGUUGAUUUGCAUUCAUCGGAACACACACAAAAAAUUGACAAAAACAUUCUAUACCUUAUCACCAAAUCAUAAGCACCAUAAUGCAAUAAGGAACAUGAACUUAUAAACAACAGGAAACUAUUUAAUAAGGUACUAAAUAGGGCUCUGAAAGUAAAGUGAGUGAAGUGAAGUUUGGGGUAUCUACAUUUUGUAAAUAUAAACAUUAACUCUCCAUAUCCAAUUCCAGGCUGUAUGUGUUUUCCAUUAUUUUUUAUUUAGUGUACUGCACCCUCACUGACCUGUGUUUUGGAAUGCCACUGAUUAUUAUAUGUGAUUGAUAUAUAAUUAUGUUAACACCAUUUCUAAUUAUUAUUAUUAUUA